AUGUUGGCCAAGGACAACGAACGGAAUCUGGAAGGUUGCCAAGGCAGCUUGGCCACCUACAAUGAUUGGAUGACUCCGACUUCAGAAAGCAUUAAGAAGGGAGAUUCAAGUGAUGUACUGGAUGAAGUUGGCGAAUCGCUUCCCCCAAUUUUUACAUCCUUGUCGAAUUGCACUAAUGCGCCGGCGCUCAAAGUGAAGGGAUCCCUGGAUUUGGCUCAGGUCAGAGGCGGUCCUAUUCAGAGGCUUGGAGGAACAAUCAACACAAUGGUUAGGGUUGAAGAAGACACCAGCAUCACAGCAUCUUCUGCUAGACGACAUAGUCCGGGAGACAAUACCACCCUAGUAGAAUUCCAACGCAGACAAGAAAGGAAGAAAGCGGGAAAGAGCCAUGAUGGAGGACCUGAAAAAGAAUCAGCAAAAGAACGCUUGGUCCUUGGUUCUUCUCGGCCAGAUCCGAAGAAACAAGACAAGGCCAAUCAUCCACCCGAAAAGGAGAAUGUGUCUUCUCUACGAAAUACCCCUGCUACCAAGAAACGUUUGGAGGAUCAGAAGCUGGCCAAGAUCGCGGCAGAACUCAAGAAGCUAAGGAAUGACAGCGAUCAACAAUAG